AUGAAUAGUGUGGGUAGUUCUAGUGAUGGGAAUACUAGUAAUAAUAAUGGGGAGCAUGGAGAUAAUGAUAAUACUCCUUUAUGGAAAUAUGUCAAGAAGCUUGAGAAAGAUGGUAAAGCCGGUGGCAAUACUUCAUUCCAAUGCAACUAUUGCCAAAAAACUUUCAAAGGAUCAUACUUUAGAGUGAAGAGUCACUUGUUAAAACUCAAAGGCAAUGGAGUUGCUAGUUGCACUAAAGUUACAAAUUCUCAUUUGAUGGAGAUGGAAAAAGUAGUGGAGGAAGCGGAAUUGAGGGUUAAAAUGGCACAACUUAGAGAUGUACCCUUACCCACCUCCAACACUUCAAGUCAAGGAGGUUCAAGUAGUGGUUUGGGUAUGAGUUCAAAUUGGUGUAGUGACUCAAAGAAGAGGAAGGGUAAUCCUAUUGAGAAAGCAUUUAACAAUAAUCUUAGAGAGCAAUUAGAUGGUGAGAUUGCAAGAAUGUUUUACACUGGUGGCUUGUCAUUUCAAUUUUCAAGGAAUCCUCAUUAUGUGAAUGCCUUUAGAAUUGCUUGUAGUAAAACACUUCCGGGUUACCAACCCCCCGGUUACAAUAUGUUGAGAACUACACUUCUCCGAAAAGAGAAGAAUAACAUUGAGGAGUGUUUGCAACCAAUGAAGAGGGCAUGGCAAAGUAAAGGGGUAAGUGUUUGUAGUGAUGGGUGGUCGGAUGCACAAAGAAGACCUCUCAUUAAUGUGAUGGCCGUUUGUGAAAGUGGGCCUAUGUUCUUGAAGGCAAUAAAUUGUGAAGGUGAGUGUAAGGAUAAAUUUUUCAUGGCGAACUUGCUUAUUGAAUCAAUCCGGGAAAUAGGUCCUCAAAAUGUGGUCCAAGUGGUCACCGAUAAUGCUCCGGUUUGUAAGGCGGCCGGACAUAUUGUUGAGGCAAAGUUUAAGCACAUCUUUUGGACACCAUGUGUGGUUCAUACUCUCAAUCUUGCUUUGAAGAACAUAUGCUCACCCGUGCCAAGAAAUCCGGAAGUGUAUGAGCAAUGUAGUUGGAUUUCAACAAUCUCAAGUGAUGCAUGGUUUAUUAAGAAUUUUAUUAUGAACCAUAAUAUGAGGUUGUCAAUGUAUAAUGAUCAUUGUAAGUUGAAGUUGCUCUCCGUUGCCGAGACACGUUUUGCUUCUACAAUUGUGAUGCUUAGAAGAUUUAAGCAAGUGAAACAAGGCUUAGAGCAAAUGGUUAUUAGUGAGCAAUGGGACAUUUAUAAAGAGGAUGAUGUGGUAAAAGCAAGAACGGUGAAGGAAAAAAUAUUGGAUGAGUGCUUUUGGGAGGACAUUGAUUACAUACUUAACUUUACUUCUCCAAUAUAUGAGAUGCUUAGGUUGAGUGACACGGAUAUGCCUUGUCUUCACUUGAUUUAUGAGUGGUGGGAUAGUAUGAUAGAAAAAGUGAAGACAAUUAUAUAUCGAAAGGAACGCAAGCAACUCAAUGAAGAGUCAAUGUUCUUCAAUGUGGUGCAUGAAAUUUUGGUGGACCGAUGGACCAAGAGUAGCACACCACUCCAUUGCUUCGCACACUCUCUAAAUCCUAAGUAUUAUUGCAAGGAAUGGCUUGAUAUGGCUCCUAAUCGUUGUCCUCCACAUAAAGACAUUGAGAUUACAAGGGAGAGGAAGAAAUGUAUUGAGAGAUUCUUUUCUAAUGAGGUGGAGAGAAGAGCGGUUAAUGAGGAGUAUGCCUCUUUUUCGGCAUGUAUUGAAGAUUUUUCGGGUAUGGACUCCAUGAAAGAUAGAGGUUUCAUGGCUCCGGUAAAAUGGUGGGUUAUCCAUGGAGCUUCCACACCAAAACUUCAAACCAUAGCAUUGAAGCUACUUGGACAUCCUUCUUCCUCCUCAUGUUGUGAAAGAAAUUGGAGCACUUACAACUUCAUUCAUUCUAUUAAGAGGAACAAGAUAACACCGGAAAGAGCGGAAGAUUUAGUAUUUGUGCAUAGCAAUCUUCGUCUCCUUUCAAGGAAAAGGCCCGAAUAUAAAGAAGGGGAAACUCAUAUGUGGGAUGUUGGAGGCGAUGCAUUUGAUUCCAUGGAUUUGGAAAAUGCCGGAGUGCUUGAGAUUGCAAACCUCUCUCUUGAUGAACCGGACUUAGAAGGCAUCAUAUUUACCCAUGAUGAAUGA